AUGUCAGGUCUGCAUGGUUUUGAGGGUGAGAACUUCUACAUCCCUAUGCAUAACCGCACAGGGCUUGUACGCAAUCCAUUUUUCUACGAACAGUACUAUUUAGCAGACCCAUGGCAGUUUAAAUUGCUGGCUUGCUACAUGUUUUUCCUGAUAUGUUUUGGUUUCCCCAUCAACGGCUUGACCCUUUUUGUCACGGCCCAGCACAAGAAGCUCCGACAGCCACUCAAUUUCAUCCUGGUCAACCUGGCUGUGGCUGGGAUGAUCAUGGUCUGCUUUGGGUUCACCAUCACCAUCACCUCGGCAAUCAACGGCUACUUUUACUUUGGGCCCAAGGGCUGUGCCAUUGAGGGGUUCAUGGCAACACUUGGAGGUGAAGUGGCUCUCUGGUCGUUAGUGGUGCUGGCUAUUGAGAGGUACAUUGUGGUCUGCAAGCCCAUGGGAAGUUUCAAAUUCUCUUCCUCUCAUGCAAUGGGCGGCAUUGCUUUUACCUGGGUCAUGGCACUUAGCUGUGCUGCACCCCCUCUUGUUGGAUGGUCCAGGUACAUUCCUGAGGGGCUGCAGUGCUCGUGUGGACCAGACUACUACACACUCAACCCCAGAUACAACAACGAGUCCUAUGUCAUCUACAUGUUCGUCUGUCAUUUCAUUGUCCCUGUCACUGUCAUCUUCUUCACUUAUGGACGGCUUGUGUGCACAGUCAAAGCGGCUGCGUCGGCUCAGCAGGACUCCGCCUCCACUCAGAAAGCUGAGAAGGAAGUGACACGUAUGGUCAUACUGAUGGUGGUGGGCUUCCUAGUGGCCUGGACCCCCUACGCUAGUGUUGCUGCCUGGAUCUUUUUUAACAAGGGUGCUGCCUUCACUGCCCAGUUCAUGGCCAUUCCUGCCUUCUUCUCUAAAAGCUCGGCUAUUUUCAACCCCAUCAUAUAUGUGCUGCUGAACAAACAGUUCCGUAACUGCAUGCUGACGACCCUGUUCUGUGGCAAGAACCCCAUGGGAGAUGAUGAGUCCUCAACAGUGUCCACUAAGACAGAAGUGUCCAGCGUGUCCCCAGCAUAG